GUUUGUUCAAGUACCCAUUUUGUGAAUCUCUCACAUAUUUCAUUUUUUAUUGUUCCCCCUAUAUAUUCUUCCCCUUUAAAUUCUUCAUUCUCCCUAAUACAAGCAAAAACAGCAUUUGAUACCCAUUCUACUGAGUUGUACCACUUGUUUAGGUUUACCGUAAAAUGUAAAAGCUCCCACUGAACAGUUUGAUUCUUGUUUUGUACUCUUUCUAAGGGCACCACAAUCUUGGAGUAUCUCAAACAAGGUUUGUCUCUAUUGUUUCCUUCCAUUUAUUAAUUCUCUAAUUAUUGCAUCUCUGAUCCUAACAACUUGAUGCUAUCCAAUGGGGUUGUGUCAGUUUCCUUCAUUUUAAAUUCAAAAUUCUUGACUCUCUAGUCUCACAAGCUUACAUUCAUCUGGCUUCUUGUCUGUGACUUUGCUCUCUCACACUCUUUAAAAGCGAAUCUACUUUUUCCUAUUUGUUAAGCUCCUCUGAGCUAGUGGUUUUAAGUUCCCUUGUCAAGUCUUGCAAAGUACACCAAACCAAGUUCUGAGGGUUGAAUCAGAGGAAUGGGUGGUGAGAAUAAUGAAGGUGAGAUGGGGUUUAAACAUGUAGAUGAUGAGAGUGGGAUCUCAAGAGUUGGAGUUACAUCAACAGAUCAUUUCUUCUCUUCUGUAGAUUGGGAUCCAGUUGUCAGUGGUGGUGGCUUCUCAAGCUCACAUUACACUUCAAUGGUGAUGGACAAUCCAGGGAUGAGUUGCUUCCCUCAUUACCAGACCGGUUCUGGUUAUCCAGACAUGCCUCCCAGUCUACUUCCGUUUGGUGAUUGUGUAGGUGGUGGUCCGGUUCUUGGUUCAGACAAGAAAGGGGAAAGUGUUGGAAGAUUGAUCAGAGCUGGAGAGUCACAUCAGGUUUCAGAUGAUGUUGUUCUUGGUGCUUCUCCAUCUAGAAAAAGAAGGCAACUCGAAGCCGAAUCAUCACAAAGGAACAAGAAAGCUGUGGAGGAGUUUCUAGAAGAACCUCAAAGGGGAAGUGAUCAGAGCCAGAAGAAACACAAAAAUGAUCAGAGUAAAGAGAAGGAGAGCUCACAGAGCGAAGAAGCACCAGAAAAAAACUACAUUCAUAUGAGGGCAAGAAGAGGUCAAGCUACUAAUAGCCACAGUCUUGCAGAGAGGGUUAGAAGAGAAAAGAUCAGUGAAAGGAUGAGACUGCUUCAAGAGCUUGUUCCAGGAUGCAACAAGAUCACUGGGAAAGCAGUUAUGCUUGAUGAGAUCAUCAACUAUGUUCAGUCAUUGCAACAACAAGUUGAGUUCUUGUCUAUGAAACUCGCCACGGUGAAUCCAGAACUCAAUAUUGACAUAGACAGGAUUCUUGCCAAAGAUAUUAUGCAAUCAAGAGAUGUAAGGACUACUCCUACGCUGGGGCUGAAUCCUUUCAGUGGUUUUCAAGGGACGAUACCGAACGUUCCUACCACCACAAAUUCACAAUACAACCCAUUACAUCAGACAACACUAGAGAGUGAACUACAGAGCCUCUACCAAAUGGGGUUCGUCUCAAACCCAUCGACUAUGUCUAGUUUCUCACCUAAUAAUGGUCGGUUGAAACCAGAGCUCUAGUACUUCCAAGGAUGAGUUCAAAUAUAAAUUUGAAAGAGAGAGUGAGUGAGAGAGUUUGUAUAGGCUUUGGUUCGAAAUAACAUAUAUGUUCUUCCUUGUUAUUAUUAAUUUUUCUACAAAACCAGAAUGAUUUGGAUUCUUUGUUGUUGUUUUUGUUUUCUCAACGAAGAACGGAAUUUAUUAAAUAUGGAAUCAUUUUACUAAACUGAAAUUAUAGGUUGAGGUUGUAGUAUAUAGAGUACGUUAUCCAUGUGUUUGUACUCAUGUUGCUUAGGGAGUAUAUGACAAAAUAUAUCUUUAUCAUUCUAUUUGUUUGUUUCUGAAAAAUAGCAACGUAUUCUUCUCUUACAUAGUUAUUGCAUUUUUUUCGUUCUUUUGCUAUUUGCACUUUCUUCUUUAUGUCAUUUAGGAUAGCAAUCUUUCCCAUACAUUUUUCACAAACAAAAACGUAAAGAAACAAAAACAAAACACCGAUUAGACCUACUACAUAGCCAGCAAGUAAGGCAUUAUACAGAGAGUAAUUGUUGGACUACCACAUACGGCUAUAUAAGGUUGUAACUCUUAACCUUGUGUGAUUCCCAAGAAAUACCCAUAAACCAAGAAGUAUUUAUUAAGGCUGUAAAUCAAAAGGCACUAUAAUUUUGAUAAGCUAAAAUUUUUAAUUUCUUUCUAGAUUAUAUCAUUAAACAAAUCACAAACUGACCAUACUGGUUUUAGUGUUCCAGCUAAGCAUAUGCACACGGCAUAAACACAUGUUAUAUGCAAUGCAUACGGCCAAAAAAAUAAUGUUAUCAAAGUCCAACUAUAGUUAAAUGGAACAUUUAAUACAAAUAUGUUUGGUCUUUUCUUUUUCAUAUGGGUCUUACACAUUCGCACCAGGCGAAUAAAUACAGGGGUUAGUAGAUAUGCGACCCUACUUCUAUAAAUACUUUCCCGGGCAAAAAAAACGGUUUUUAACUGUCGCUGUAGAAUGUCACGUGUCAUAAUCGUAUCGGGUCGAGACCAUCGAAGGGUUAUAAAGUAGCCGACAUGGAAGUCUUUAUCACCGGUUAAGUAAGACUUUGGCGACGUAGAGACAGUCUCCACCAUUACGAUCUCGCCACGUCAUUUGAUCUGGCACCUUCCACAUUUACACCACACACAACGUGGAAUUUGUCGCCUAAUAAUUUAUCGUUUUUUUUUUUGUUGGCUUUAUGAUUUUUUUUCUUCCGUAAAUGAUAAUGCUCAUUGCUCACCUAAUAAUUAUCUAUUUUUUUUUUCAACUUACUUUUUGUUUUUUUUUUUUUUAAUUGUAAAAAAGGAAGUUGUUAGCAUUUGAAUUUUGUAGAUUUUAUUAGCAAUGUAUGAAAGUUUAUCUGACUUUUUUGCUGGGUUUAUGAUCUUUUUCCGUAAAUGACAAUCCUCACCUAAUAAUUAUCUGACUUUUUUUUUUGUUUAAUAAGUUUUUUGAACAAAAAAAGGGGAAAAAGUUUUAAAUAUUUGAAUUCUUUUUUUCUUUUUUUUUGUUGUAGAUUAUAAUGGCAUAUGAACUUGAACGCGAAUUCUCCGCGGAAUUGGGGUAUAAGGCACAUCGUGAAUCUUGCGAAUAAUUGGGGUUUCUGAUUCUUCUUCUUCAUCUUCAUCUUCAUCUUCAGGGGUUUCUCAUUCUUUCAAGUCAAACCAAAAAGUGUUCAUCUUUGCAAAAGUGUUCAUCUUCUUCUUCCGUAUCUUUUUAGACGACUUAUUGAGCAGCUGAUUAUGUUCUUCUCUGCCUUUUAGUUUAAGACAAGAGUCUGAACA